UUUGGUGUCUCUGGCCAAUCAGGUCUAGUGCAGCGUGAUGACGUAAUGCACUCCAGAAUAGAGCGCGGCGGAGCAGCAACAACACGGGCGUCUUUCUCUGCUCAUUCCGGCUAAUGUUGGCUCGUUUUCGUCGGUUUCGGUCGGUUCGGAAGAGGCCGGAAAGAAGUGGACUUCCGGCACGAUGUCGGUGCUCGAAGAGGACCGGUGUUACGGUCUGCGCAGCGGUAAAGUCAGCCUCGCCAGCAACCAGUCGGUUUUUCACGUAAAACUCACUGACAGCGCGGCGAGAGCUAUCAGCUCUCUCCAGGACGGCAAGGGCUGCGCUCUUCAUCCGAGCAUCUGUUUUAACGGAAGCCAAGGGAGAAUCACAAUACCUUGUUCGGACAAUAAAGACGAAGUCAGGAUCUUUACCUUCAGUGUGGCCAAUGUUGCGCGGAGCAGUCCUCACGGGAGCUUUGACUGCAUUAGGCAGUUCAGCAACAGUGCUGCCGAGGAGCUGUCAUGCCUCGGAGUGAUUCAGAAGAAGAUGACUAUCAAUGCCACCGAUGACUCGUACGACAAAGCUCGCCAGAGCAUGGCCCAGGCAGAAGAGGAGACGCGCAGCCGAGGCACCAUCGUCAUCAAGAACGGAGGACGCUACCAGGGGAAGAAGGUGACUGUGCGAGCGCCAGCUCCUGCCCUGGCCAAGCUGACCAAACCCAAACACUCUUCUCACUCCCUCCUGAGCAACAUAAGGCGGCGGAUCAGCGUGUCAAAGAAGAGCCCCUGCCCAUCAAACGGGAAGAGUGGCGACGUGGUACAGAGGCCUCUCAGAGAGAGGAUCAUGCAUGUGCUGGCUUUGAGGCCGUAUAAGAGACCUGAGCUGAUCCUGAGGCUGCAGAGAGACGGACUGACGGGGGAAGAAAAAGAUGGACUGGAGUCUGCGCUAUCAGAGGUCGCCCAGCUCAGCGGCAGAGACAAUACCUUUGUUCUGAAGGAGAGUUUCUACAAAGACCUGCGGAAAGACUGGCCGGGCUACACGCCAGGAGACCAGCAGCUUCUGAAGCGCGUCCUCGUCAGGAGGCUCUUUCAACCACAGCAGAACCUCCUCACAGUCCCCAAGGCCCAGGUCAGCCCCCUGCGGGACACCCCUAACUCCUCACCAGCCCACCGUUUCAAGCACUCUCUGGUGGAGGAUUUCACUGACGUUUCUACCAGCAAGAAGCCCCGAAUAUCCCACCUGUCCAACAAAUCCUCCUGUAAAAGGUCAUUGCUGACGCUGAAUGAACAAGGGAAUCAAAGAGACACUGAAGGGAAAGCAAAGGACGAGCGCUGGGAUUCGCUCGAUGCUGAAAAACUUUUAGAUUCCCUGUUGGCAACUUCCAAUGAGGAAACGGCUAAAAGGCUGGAGCCAACAGAGUCGGCUCAGCAGGCCUCUGAAGGUCACGCCACCCCCCAGCCCAAUCGAUCCCCCUCCCUUGUGUCCACACCCGACCUGCAGUGUACCGAUCAGAAAGGGAAGGAAAGGGAGAAGCUCAAACACAUACUUGAGGGGUGGAAAACAAAGAAAGAACGAAGAAAAGAUCUGAGUUCAGAUGACGAAAGCACAGACGCCACCCAGGCCUGCACAGAACUGAACAGAGGAUCAGACGAUGCAGAGGCUUACGCUGACAUGUCGGACUAUUUAUCAAAAUACACAAGUAUUUGCAGCCACAGCCAGAGACAGAGCUACAAACAGGACUUCAACAAGGAGUACAGCGAGUACAGAGACCUGCAUGCUCGCAUCGACCACACCACGCGGCAGUUCCUGGAGCUGGAGUCUCAGCUCAAACAGCUUCACCGCGGCUCGUUGAAAUACAAGACAGUUCACAAUAAAAUCCUUCAGAAAUAUCGCAAAAUUAAGAAGUCCAAUCCCAGCUACAACCAGGACAAGGUUCGCUGUGAGUAUCUGCACAACAAACUGGCUCACAUCAAGAAGCUCAUCUCCGACUUCGACCAGCAGCAGCUGACGGCAGACCGCUCGUGUCCAGAAUGAGGAGUCGGGCUUGAGUGACUUUUCUGUAAGGAACCUCGUGAGGCGAGGCGGGUUUCAUGACCCGGUGUUGACCUGAAGAGGCCCGCUGCAAAUGUCAGGCUCGCAGAGAUUAGUCGGGGAGAUUCAAAACCAUGAAAUCUUUCCUCUAUCAAUGGAAGCUUCUCUGCUGCUAAUGUUCCAGCAUUACUUUGCCAUAUGCAAAAGGAGAAACGUCAGUCCUGCAACAUCAGAGAAACGGGGAGAUAAGGUGCUAAAGCUUAAAAACAUUUGUAAAUUCCUGUCUGACUUCUUCAGUGUUUGUUUGAAAAAAAAAACCCAGUUGGUUUUCUCUCAGCCAUGUCAGUGUUUCUAACUGGAAGCAUGAGUGAAAUGUGCACGAUGUCCAUACUCCAGAAAACAAGCUCAAAGGUCACGCGUGUCCCUCAGUGUUCUUUGGUCUUUAUGUGAUCGUAAGUGUUGUUACCCAUCAGGCCCGGCGUGUCCUGAGUCUGCUCAAAGAGCCGUGGGUCACAGGUUAACCAUUCAUGCUGUUUUCCACAGCAGACUGUUACAAAACGUUACCUUUAAGUCAGUCCAAGAGAUCAUUCCACGGCUGUCUGUCUGUCUGUCUUUUAAGGCUGGUUGAACUCAUCAUGAGCAGAUUUUCAUGUGUUUAUUCUUAGCCAAGAUGGCUAAAAGAAGACGGCUUUGUGUGAUAAAUGCAUGCUGUGUACUCUGCAGAAUGCAUGAAGAAUUUACCAGUAAGUUUUGUCCUUUUGAAUAAAUAUGAGUAUUAUUUAAUGCAA